AUUCUCCAACAAAAACAUGGAAAAAUUACUUUUUAAGUUGGGAAAUGAUUCACUCAUAAUUAUGUGUGAGGAAAUUAAGGAGAUUGGUGUGGUGCGUUUCUGAGUCCAAGUAAAAAUUUUACUUGUGUAAUGACAAUCUAGAAUCUCCGGCAUGGAUGGCGGAGGAGGCGACGUGCAGCCGUCGGGGAACGGCGGGGAGUUCCUUCUCCGUCUCCUCCGGAAACCUCCCGUUUCCCACACUCCGUUUCAUUCGCAGCCACCCUCGGCAAACAUCUCCUAUGACCCCGCCGUCGCGGCGGUGGGGCCCACGAUCCCCGCUUUCUCGUGGAACUACGAUUCUUCUCCGCCUUUUGCUCCGCACAAUUUCUUCCCGCAAAACCCUAAUUUAAACCCUAAUUGCGCUUCGCAUCAGUUUACUCUUCAGUCUAGUGUCAUCUCAGUUUGUGAUGGUACGAGGAAUUCAGGAAUUUUUACGGAAAAUUCCGGUCCAGGUGUAGUUCAUCAGCCGGAGUUAAAUCUCAUAUUUAGGUCUGCUAAUGAUGCUGGGAAUGCGUUGCAUGAGAGCGUGGGUCAAAGGAGUAAAAGUUGGAAUGCAUUUAUGGGGGAUGAUUUUGGGAAGCAUAGAAGAUUGAAUGGUUUUCAGAUGAAUUCGAAUGCAAUCAAUGGGAACGGACGUGGAAACUCUUGUAUGUCUAGCGCCUACGAGCAAGAAAGGAAUUCUAAUAGUGAUGCCAGGCGAAAGCUAGGGCAAAGUGGGAUUUACAGGGCAGUUGCUCCACCACCAGGGUUUUCGACUAAGAUAAUGAAUGUGGGGACAGCAGAUCAUAAUGCAACUACGGGUAAUAAUUUUGGUGAUCUGCACAAGAAAAGUAGUAGAUUGAGUAAUCAGCUUGAUUCCCCUGGUCCCCCACCUGGAGGUAGUCCUCAAUCUGUUUCAGCCUUUGACACUGAGGAGUCCAUGCUAAAGCUUCGUGGUGAGGAUGGUGAUAGUGCCAAAGAAUUGAGACAUGGUGGUCAGGAUAAGAUUAGUGGAGAUGGAGUGCGCAAUGAGUUGGAUGAUAAAGAGGAUCAGCUUGUUGGUUCUCUACAACUUGAAGUUGAAGUUGAUGAGAAGAAUGAUAAAAAGAAGCAUCAUCGUGACAAGGAUUAUAGAUCUGAUAACAGAGGACAGUGGAUACUGGGUCAGCGGAUGAGAAACCUCAAAAGGCAGACGCCAUGUCGAAGUGACAUAGACAGGUUUCAUGGUCCAUUUCUAGAAGUUUUUGAGUCGUUAAUGCCAUCUGAAGAAGAAAAGGUCAAGCAAAAACAACUUUUGACAGUACUGGAGAAGCUUGUUACCAAAGAAUGGCCCGACGCUAGAUUGUAUCUUUAUGGAUCAUGUGCCAACUCAUUUGGCUUUCCGAAAAGUGACAUUGAUGUAUGCCUUUUAAUUGAAGAUGGAAAUAUUGACAAGCGCGAGAUCUUACUAAAGUUAGCUGAUAUGUUGCAGCUGGAUAAUCUCCAGAAUGUGCAGGCUCUUGUCCAUGCUAGAGUUCCUAUAGUUAAGCUCAUGGAUCCAAUCACUGGUAUUUCCUGUGACAUCUGUGUCAACAAUUUACUGGCUGUCGUAAACACAAAGUUACUUCGAGAUUAUGCACAGAUAGAUGUUAGACUCAGGCAGUUGGCAUUCAUCGUGAAACACUGGGCUAAAUCACGAGGAGUCAAUGAAACUUUCCAAGGAACUCUCUCAAGCUAUGCGUACGUAUUAAUGUGCAUUCAUUUCUUACAACAGCGUAGGCCUGCCGUUCUUCCAUGCUUGCAGAGAAUGAGGGCUACUUAUUUUGCAACUCUGGAAAAUGUUGAAUGUUCUUAUUUUGAUCAAGUGGAAAAGCUGCGGAAUUUUGGGGCCCGAAAUGGGGAAGGUGUGGCGCACUUGGUCUGGGCCUUCUUCCAUUAUUGGGCCUAUUGUCAUGAUUAUACAAAUGAUGUAAUAUCCGUUCGCACGGGCAGUACAUUAAGCAAGAGAGCUAAAGACUGGACUAGGAGGGUGGGAAACGACCGUCAUCUGAUAUGCAUUGAGGAUCCAUUUGAGGUAUCUCAUGAUCUUGGCAGAGUUGUGGACAAAUAUAGUAUAAGAGUCCUACGUGAAGAGUUCGAACGUGCUGCAGAAAUCAUGCAAAACGACCCUAAUCCUUUUCUCACUCUAUUCGAGCCGUAUAUACCAAAUUAGUUUUCGCUUACCGUAUAGAAAAAUUCGUAGUAAUUAUGGAAAACAUGUAAAUUCCUGUCUUCUGAUGUGGUUAAACUUGUCAAUAUAUCUAUUUUUGGUUUCGCAUA